CCGCGAUUUGUCAUCGCAGUUGUAACAACAUCUGUCAUUACUUUGUUGCUACAAAAAUAAUGCAUAAUGCAGCAUCCAAAAGCAAAAAUGGAUGAAAUAAAGACGAAAUUCAUGGAUUUGUUGCACAAACAAACAAAUCGUCAAAUGAAAAUCCCUGCCAUGGGUUUCUCCGAAUAUUUCAUACAAAGUGUCACUGCAGAAACUGCUGGAGCGUUGGCAAUCACCAAAUCCGAUCAAGUGGAUGCAGCGAGUGAAACAUUAGAUAAAAGUACACAACAAUCCUCUGAUCAAGAAAUUUUAGAGAGUAUCGAUAAAAUAUAUUAUGAUGUGGACUGUGACAUACAAAUGUAUGAACUGCAAAAAGUAUUGGAAAAUGGAGUGGAUUUUCAGUUAAUUGACAAUACAAUGGCACAACUGCGUAUCCAACAUAAGGUGCUCUCUAAGCAAGUGUUGCAAAAUAUUUUGGAACAACGUAGUGCCUGUAACACAGAAUUUUGUGCAAUAAAUGAGACGCAAAAAGAGUUGGAAGAGUCGCUUUGGACUUGUAGAAAGGCACGUUCGUACUUAAAAUAUGCUAAAACGAAUUUAACUGAAACCAGUUUGGAAAUUUUGGCCUCAUACAGGAAGCGUGAAAUAUUAAAAGACCUUUUAAACACACUGAAUGAAAUUAAAAAAUUGAAAUCUACUGAUGUGGAGGUACAAAAAUUAUUGAAUGAAUUUAAUUAUUCUGGUGCGAUCUCUCUAUUGUUAACAUGUAAAGAUUCAGCCGAAGGUUAUAUGGAAUAUAAUUGCGUGCAAUCUUUAAAUAAAAAACUCCAAGAGACAUUACUACUGACUGAAUUUCAGUUGGAUACAGUUCUAAACGAGAUGAUUCUAAAUUUUGAUGCUCGUAAGUAUGCAAAAUUGCAAGAAGCCUAUAAGUUACUUGGAAAAUCUCUUAUUGCCAUGGAUCAGCUCCACAUAAAUUUUAUAUCUGCCAUCCACUCUUCAGUGAAUUCCGUAUUGCGCGCUUACAAUGAUCCCAAUAUGGAUGAGAAUGUUAAAUACCUUUACGAACAAUAUUGUGAACAAGUAGCUGUUGAUAAAUUUAUACCCUGUUUAAUAAGUUUAUGCAAGACAUUUUGGACAAUAUUGGCUUCAUACUUCCAAAUUGUGAUAUGGCAUCAAAAUUAUAAAUUAUAUUCUCUAGAUUUAGAGGAUUCACCUGAUCUCUAUAUACAACAAAAGUUAAAAAAGGGUCAAUCACGCAUUUGGAACGAUAUAAUAACAAAAAUUUAUAUAUUUUUGCAAAGCUCAAAAUUAAAAAUGCUUAAAUAUGAUCAGUUCAUACAAGUUUUGUCGAUUAUUCAACGUUUAAAAAAGGUUGGAAUCGAGUUUUGUGGUGAGCAAUCAGAUAAAUUGAUUGAAACUAUGCAUAUGCAAAGCGAAGAGUUUUUUCAACGUUACCAUUCGUCUUGUCUCGAGGAAAUUUGUUUGUUUUUGGAUAAUGAGUCUUGGACUGUUGUGGAUUCAUUUGCGAAUAUUUUGCAGUUACCAGAAUUUCGUGCUGUUCGUCAUACAUUACGUCGCCAUAAAACCCCUCCAGUUGUUCUACUUACAUCUACAUCAGUUAAUAACUCACCAAUUAGCAAUAACAACUGCGAUGAGCUUGUAUCAGUGCACUCACAGGAUGGUAAUAGUUCUAUAUACGGUUCCUAUGGAUAUUUCUUAAGAUUUUCUGAAAAGAGCUCGCCAUUUGAUGGCGGUUUGGAUGUUGCUAUGCUGGAAGAGGAUAUACUAUCAGGAAUUGUAGACGAAGCUUCUUGUUAUUUUUCAGAAGAAAGUGAUGAUGAACCGAAGAGUAUGCAAAGCAAAUGCGAUGAAGAUGGAAGCAAUAACCAAUUAAUUGUGAAUAAUACCACUCUUAAUGUAUUUCGAUGUAUCGGACGUUAUUUACAAAUGUGUAAGCUUUUGCAUUGCAUAUCGCCAAAAAUAGUGUCCAGCAUGCUGGAAUUACUGGAUUUUUAUGGUUUCGCUGUACAUGAAAUAUUUGGAAAAGACGCUGCUGUGCAAAUGGACAAAUUUUAUGCAUCCCGUCUAGAACAAAAACUGCAAGCAACGCAACAAAAUGUUGUGUCAACGGUUAAAUGCUGGCCUUUAAAUUUUUCGUCUUUGAUCAAUAAUGAAUUAGCAAAUCCAGAUACACUCUAUGGACUAUCGCAACGCGUAGUCGCUAUUGAGAGUGGACAUUGUAUGACACGACAAUUUCAAACUUUAAAAAAUUAUCUAAAUCACUUAUUGCCUCCAAACGAACGUCAAAUGUUAGAUAACUAUUUCAGCUACAUUGACUUUAUGUCUGACAUAGCUCGGCCUGUUUUUACAUGCGUUACUUCUAGAAUUAUUGAUUUGCCUGCUAUACUAAAUCUAAUAUCGAAAGUGAAGUGGGAUGUGAAUCACGUCAGUUUUCAGCACAAUAGCUAUAUAGACAUUAUGAAUAGAAAUAUACAACAUUUUGCUAUGCGUUUGGAAGAAAUAGCAAAAGAAGUGACCUUACCAACAGAACCAUUAUGGAAUUCUGUGGCGCACGUAGCAACACACUUACUAGUCGAAGGAUUUUCUAAUGUAAAAAAAUGUUCCGCUGGUGGUCGUGCACUUAUGCAGUUGGAUUUUACGAAUUUUAUGUCGUUACUCGAAUUGAUAUCAACUCUAAAAUUUCCUGAACAUCGUUCCUAUGUUGAUGGUUUUAUAAAGGCAUAUUACUUCUCAAAUGAGCAGUUUGAGGAAUGGAUUGAAACGCAAAAGAAUCUCGAACAAUAUUCCGCAAAACAACUUACAAAUUUAAUACAGUGUGUUUGCGUUAGUGAUAAACGAACCAGACAGAAACUACUGAGUCUCUUGGGUAAUGCCAACAACUUAAAUACAAGUACAACAAGCACAUAGUUGCUCUUGCAACGGAAACAUGCAACCAAAUGUUGCAGCACAAAUAUUUUUAUUAUGUAUUAUUUUUGGUUUUUAUUGUAUAUUUUUUUUUGUAUUUUUAUAUUUAUAUUCAUC